AUGGACUUAUUCACCGCAGAGUAUCCCAGUUCUUGGAACGAUCCCAAAGUGAAAAAAUGGGAAGCAAUGGCCCGCAAUCUUCAGCAAAUGAUGUAUUUGCAGUUUGCAGGCGCCCAGUUCCAUGAUAUAACAGCUUUAUCGGAGGAAGCACGUAUCACAAAAGUAUGUUAUGCGAUUAAUGGACCACCAACACAAGGCGCGAAGAAUCUGGAGAGUGCAUAUUCCACGGAGCAGAGAAAUUUCGGAAAGAUUUGUUUCGAUAAGAUUAAAGAAGUCUGGCGGCAAUCACCUGAAAGUCGAAGAGAUAGAAAAAGAAUCAAACUUGGAUUCGUGUUUGUUUACUGCAAAGAAGGAGAAAAGGAAUAUCAAGUCCCUUUGUUUCGACUUCUCUGGGAUGCAAAUACUGGUUCCUCCCGCUUCAUCGACACAUCGCUACGUGUGUACACGGAUGCCGAGGACUGGAAAGCCAAUAACCGUAUGCCUAUGAUGAAGUACUGCUUCCCGGCGAACCUUUAUUAUACAUGUGAUAAAUCCAGCGGAGCUUACAAUUUCGAUCCAAAGCAAGAAGUUGCAGUAGGAUUUGACACCUCUCCGGCAUGUAACUUUUUAUCCAGAGUGUUCAGUAUCACCGAUCAAGUCAACACCGCUGUCGGUGUGUCUGUUGCGAUCACUGCUUUAAUUUCGGCUUCCAUAUUAAAUGGACCUGUGCUUCUCAGUAUUUGUGUAGUAACAGCAAGCUGGGGAGUUGGAAGAGCAAUCUAUAGAUUGGCUGAUAAAAAAUUGCGAGGCGAAAACAUGGAUGAUCUGGAAAGUAAACUUCUUAUAUUGUCCAUUAUUUCUUCUCCUUUGAAUUUUCUUAACGCAUUCGUCGGAGCAAAACUUGCAGCUGGAGCCGCGGGAGGAAGGAUUUUCACACAUUUUCAAAGGGAACUUGCAACUUUGCUGAUAUGGACCACUAUCGGAGUGGACUCGUUCUCUUUGGUGUUCAGUAUGGUUUAUCUGAUUGAAAAAGCUGACAACAAACAAUUAACAACCCUUGAUUGUUUGCUAUUCUCAAUGAGCGCUCUUUUCUUUGGAAAUAUGGUUAUCCAGCCGAAAACUGCAGAGGCCAUUAUAAUGAAGGCCCAACAGCAAAAAAUUGGAGAAGUGGCAAGACAAAUGACAGAUGCGGAAGCAAAGGCUGCCUUUAAAAAAUACCUUGAACACAACAAAAGCAAAGGAAAUAUCCAGGAGGGUUCCAAUGUUGUGAAAGACCUAAUCAAGAUGGAAGACCCCAACGCAUUUUUUAAGUCAGUUAAAAACUUCCCCGAGGUUGAGAUUGGAGCGGCGUAUGCUGAAACGGUUCGAUCGGAGACAGCAAAGGUGCAGAAACCGGGGAAGCUUAAGGCAUGUCUGGGUGGAAAAGAUUAUAGAGAUCACCAAUAUCUAGGAGAGUUGAACGAACAACAAAUAGGACGCUUGAAUCCAGUGUUUGGAGGCACAGCCAAGUAUGAUGAGAACAUUGUCAAUUUCUCUUCGCGAGUCGCUAGUGAACUUAAAAUGAAAAACAACCCUGAUGGCUAUAUGUCUAUAGUAGAAAUGGUGGUGGCUAAGACCAAACAGGAUAACAACUUUGUGCGAACUGGAAAUGCUAGAGACUUUGCUGCUGGUAUCCAGAGAGAUUUAGCCAAAGUGCAACGAAUUGGAAGCCAGAAAGAACUCAAGUUUGCUGAUCCGUAUAAGGCAUUGUACCAUUAUAGGAAGCAUGGAGAGCAAUUUAUGAAAAAGUGCACUCCGGAAUUCUACUUGGGAGAACUGCCAGGACAAAUUAAAAGUCGAGGAAAACUAGCAGACGCUUGUCGCAUUACUUCAAACUUGAAGAAUGGUGGAACAGAAGUUUACAUUCGCAAAACAUAUUUUCGUGAUGACGAUGCUAUGCUAGUGGUAAUUGAAAAGGAACAUAUGAAGACCGUGAGCACAAUGUUCCAUAAGCCGAAAUGCUGGGAAGAAUAUACGCAACGUUUCCAAGAAGUCAAUACUUCAACUCUCAAAGCCAACUUUGCGAAACUCGCAGUUGCUACCGGGUUCGACGCAGUUCAGUUGCAGAAUAGAUGCAGCACUUUGUUCUUCCAAAGAAACAAUCUCACUCAGAGCGAUCCAAACUAUGCCAAGUACCAGAAAAUGGUUGGGAUACUCGUUCAAGAUUUAGCAAAUUGUCUGAUCCAUGACAGUCAGUAA